AUGUCAGAGUUUAAGCAUGGCUUCAGUAGUUUCAUAGAUCACUAUAUACUCUUGCUGGCAGCACGCUUUAACGCCCCGUUGGAUGCUGUAACUCUCUGCAGCAACAAUACCAACAACAACAACAAUAAUAAUAACAAUAACAAUACCAACGACGAGAGUAACUAUAAUAACAAUCCGAUGGAGUUGUGGGAGAAUGUGGCUCGAUGUGUACAAGACGUCCUCGCCCACCCGCAGACACCGGCGGAGCGGCGGGAACUCGCCCACAUCGACGUCAGUCUUUUCACCGCCGAGGUCUGCCGCGACCGCGCACUUUACUUCCGCUGGCGCCUGCAGCAACAAACACCCGAGGCACCAACCGCCCCGCAGCUGACAAAAACAGACGGAAAGAUUAAAAAGAACCAUGGAGUGAGACCAUCCGGCUUUGAUAUCACGAGGGACUCUAUAAAGGAUGAAGUAGAGGCAAUUUAUGCUGCUGUACGUGCGAGUCUCCCCAGCACACUUGGGAUACAAAAGAGGGGCUCAUCAACUACAGAAGAAGGUAAAGUAGCACAUAUGAACUACAAUGGUAAUAGCAAUGCCAUAAUGGAUGGAUAUGAGGAAGAAAGCGAUGUUGAUGACAGUGAAGUGGAAGUUGUAGAAUUUGCAAUGCGUACUGAACAGGAAGAAUCACGAGAUCGUGUGAUUGCGGAGGCUCGCGAUGCUCUUCUUACAAAGAUACAGAAACUACAGGCAGAGUUUUAUUCAGAACACAGACGGUGGGUGGAUGUUCCCUAUGAUAUGGACAUUACACCUGCUGCUAUUGCGGCUGCUACUACUACAUCUUCUUCUUCUGUAGUUGAUGGAGUUGGUAAAGCGUGUAAUAUGGAUUACCACAUAGAAGCAACUCUGCAAGAAAAUACAACAGACGAAGAAUUUCCACACAUGUUGUCUAAAUCGGCUAUGCGUGAGGCGCUAGAUACCGCAACACCAACGAAGGCUUCAUCAUUAAAGAAUGCAACAACACCAACAUCCAAAGUAGCAGAAGCAGCUAUUUCAUCACCAAUGGAUUUCAUUGAGGUGUUAAAGCGAAGUGUUCAUGUCAAACGUCCGCCACGUCCUUCACAAAUGCGAGAGGAAGACUACAAGGUAGAGUAUGGCGAUAUUCUGCUUUCACAGCCAAACGGUAAUGACUUUGAUGCCGCGGCUGAACUUGCUGUUUACAGGAAAGCUGCUGAGAUCAGUGGUCUUCAUCCGCCUGCAGCAGAGGUGGAUAAACCACAGCGACAAGAACAAGGACUUGGGUUACGUUCAGUAAAUGCUGUUGCCGCAAUGGAGUCAGUACCUCAAAGAUCACGGGGAAAUAGAUGGCGUGUAGUAGAAUACGAUAAUGACAGUGACCAAGAGAGCGAUGUCAUGGAUUGA